GCUUUUAUUCGUCUCUCUGCAACUUCUCCCACUUUCUUCUCCAACCAGAACUUCAAUUCAAUUCAAUUCAAUUCAAUUCAUUCCCCAUUGCACUAACUGCAAUAAUCAUUACAACAACCAAAUUAUUACUAUUAAUUAAUUAAUUUAUCCAAUGUCGACACAGACGACAGUGGUCACUAUAUCAUCAACAGAUCAGAAGAGAGUCAUGGCCCCAGUCCCGCCCAACAUCGUAAUUUCCGACGCCACCGUCUCCAUGGCCGCCAUAGCCGUCGCCGCCAUGUCCGACAACUACUUCUCCUCCGUCAAGCGACGCUCGCGUGACCCCACGUGCUGCCGGAAUAAUAGGAUCGCCGGCAAAGCCUCCGCCUCCGCCUCCGCCGCCGCGUUGCUCGACUCAAUGCGCGCUUCUUCCCCCACCCGCACUAGCGCCGCCGAGGAUCACAAGUCCUGGAUCCUCCGCCAUCCGUCGGCGCUGGCCAUGUUCGACGGCAUAAUGGCGGCGUCGAUAGGGAAGCAGAUAGUAGUGUUCCUCGACUACGACGGCACUUUGUCCCCCAUCGUCGACGAUCCCGACCGCGCCUUUAUUACCUCCGAGAUGAGAGAAGCUGUGAGGAACGUAGCCAAGUUCUUCCCGACGGCCAUCGUCAGCGGGAGGUGCAGAGCUAAGGUAUAUAGCUUCGUAAGAUUGUCGGAGCUUUACUACGCCGGCAGCCAUGGAAUGGACAUCAAGGGACCAGCCAGAGGAAACAGAUGCAGAAAAGGGAAUCAAAGUCUCCUCUGCCAGCCUGCCAGGGAAUUUCUGCCUAUGAUUGAUGAGAUAAACAAAGCUUUGAUGGAGAGAGUAGGACACAUAGCCGGUGCAAAAGUCGAAAACAACAAGUUUUGUUUGUCCGUACACUACCGAUGCGUCGAGGAAAAGCAAUGGGGCGAAUUAGCGGAGCAAGUGAAGCUCGUGAUCAAGGACUAUCCCCGAGUCAAGUUGAGCCAAGGCCGGAAAGUUCUAGAAAUCCGGCCGGUGAUCGAAUGGGACAAGGGGAAUGCGCUCGAGUUCUUGUUGGAGUCUUUAGGCUACGCCGAAUCCGACAAUGUCUUGCCAGUCUACAUUGGCGAUGACCGCACUGACGAAGAUGCAUUCAAGGUAUUGCGCGAGAGAGGACAAGGAUUAGGGAUUUUAGUGUCUAAAAAUCCCAAAGAGACUAAUGCUUCGUAUUCGUUGCAAGAACCAAUCGAGGUUAUGGAGUUCCUAAAACGUUUGGUUGAGUGGAAGAAGUUGUCGUGUGGGUGUCCCUACAGAGCCAUUAGUGACUAAUUCGAUGCUGCAUUUAUUACCAGAGAGAGUGCAGAUUCAUGUUCUGUCCGAUGUGGGACACGCAAGCAGCUCUCUUGUAACUAUAAGUUUGUAACUAUAACUGUAACUGUAAUUGUAAUUGAGGAAAAAUUGUAAUUGUAAUUGUGAUAUUUGUUUUCAGAAAAAGAAAAAAAAAAAAAAAAAA